AUGGCCGUCAACGUCUGCUACAUGGUCGUCGUCCCCAAGGAGAACCAAAUCUCCGACAACGUCGCCCAACAAUUCUUCCAACGCACGUUCGGCGUCCUCGGCGACGACGACACGGGCGAGCGCGUGCUCAACGCCUUCCUCGCCAUCUCCUCCCUCGGCAACAUCAUCGUGAUGACCUACACCGCCUCGCGCAUGAAGCAGGAGAUUGCCAAGCAGGGCUUCCUCCCCUUUGCCCAGUUCUUCGCCACCGACCGCGACUUCAGCCUGGGCCGCCUCCUGCGGUGGUUCCAGGGCCGCAACUACUUCACCUCCCUACUACAGCACAAGUGGUUCUCCCCCGAAACCCACACGGAAAAGACCCCCGUCGGCGCCCUCUUCCUCCACUUCGUCUCCUGCAUGAUCCUCAUCGCCGCCACCUCGCGCCUCCACCCGGACGACUCGUACGUCAUCCUCUCCAGCUCCAGCGCCUACCUCUUCCCCGCCUUCUUCGGCCUCCUCCUCGCCCUCGGCAUCCUCAUCCUCCGCUUCGGCACCCCGCCCGCCACCGCCCCCGUCUCUACCCCGCUCCACCCUUCCGUCCCCGGCUCCCACCACCACCAGUACGCCGCCAAGCGCACCUGGGCCCAGAUGACCGAGGGCACCGUCAACCCCACCCUCAGCGUCCGCAGCAACGUCGCCUGGUUCGUCGUCCCCACCAUCUCCUGCAGCGUCCUCGCUCUCUCCUCCUUUUGGUUCCUCGGCUUCCUCGCCCGCGCCAAGCGCCGGGAACGCAAGCGUCACCAAGAGUUCGUCAUCGAGCGCUCGCCCGAGUUCGAGUUCGCCGAGGGCGACGACGGCUUCCACGGCGGCGAGGACGGCAACGACGCCGGUAGACGGGCCGGCGGUCUUAUCCUCACCCACGAGACCGUGUCCCACGUGUGGAGGGGCAAGGAUACCAUGGAGCUGGAGAGGAUGGCGGACGCUCCCGUGGCUGAGGUGCAGAAGCCGCCGGCAUUUGUGAAUAACAAUCCGUAUGCCGGGACCGACUUUGAGGGUAUGGGAAGGUAA